AUGCGAGUUCAAUUCAUAAAUAUUGUGCUUGUGGCUGUCCGGAUUGUGAAUGCUGUAGAUCCACUUGUUGACCUGACCUACACCAAAUACCAAGGCUUGACACUUCAAAAUGGAGUCAAUCAAUGGCUUGCGUUGCGCUAUGCAGCUCCACCAACAGGUUCACGGCGCUUUGCUGCACCUCAGCCACCUUUGACACAAAAUAGUACUCAAGAUGCAACCAAGGAAGGCGCUCUUUGCGUAUCAGCCAACAAUCCCGAAGGGCUGCAAUAUGGAUCUGCUCGUCAGCCAAUGGCCGAGGACUGUCUGUUCCUCGCUGUGUAUUCCCCGCUAAAUGCAACCGAGGAUUCGAAGCUGCCAAUCAUGUUUUUCAUUCAAGGGGGAGGAUUCACCUCGGACUCUAAUGGGAACUUCAAUGGAAUAGGAUUAGUUGAGGCAAGUGGGAUGAACAUGAUGGUGGUGAGGAUUAAUUACCGAGUUGGGAUGCUCGGAUUUAUCGGUGGCAGCGUUGUGAAUGCUGAUACGAAGGGCGCUGUGCCAAAUAAUGGGUUGAAUGAUAUGAUUGCUGCUGCAAGGUGGGUAAAGCAGUAUGCUACCAAAUUUGGAGGCGAUCCAAACCACAUCGUCAUGAGCGGGGACAGCGCAGGUGCCAAUGCAAUUGACAUUCUCCUAACAGCAAACAACGGUGCUGGCUUUCCAGAUCUCUUUGUUGGAGCAGCAGCGGAGAGUACGGGAUGGGGUGGUGAUCCUUAUGCCGUGGAUCGAGAUGCUGAGUUUGCCAAGAAUGUGAACUCGACAGGCUGCUCGAAUUCUCCGGACCCUUUGGACUGCAUGCGGUUGAUGCCUAUUGAUGAGUUUCAAAACAAGACCACGAGUGAUGGUUGGGGACCUACUAUCGACUGGAAACUACUCAUGGCUCCGCAUUACGAAAUGAUGGAGCAAGGGAAGUUUCAGAAAAUACCUGUGAUUUACGGAAGCACCAAUGAAGGCACACCGGAUUUCAUCUCUAAUCAAUCCGCAACCACGGACGCAGACAUCGAGAAGCACAUCAGAGACGCAGUUGGACCAGCUAUCACUGAUGCCCAGGUUCAGUCUAUGCUGAUCGCUUAUCCUGCUUCACUGAACAACGUCUCUUUCUUUGGCCGUGACGUCUCAGUCAAGAAUGAGACUCUGCGAAAGGGCAAAGGGCCUCAAUGGCAACGUGAUGCGGCCAUCAUGACUGAAUUAAAGCUUCAGUGUGUCGCUGCCUUCUUUUCAGAUAUGUUCGCUGCCUCAGGGAUGGCUCAGAAUUAUCAGUAUCGAUAUAAUGUUCUCGACACAACUCCUGGUGGCCUUGCCGAUCAAGGAAUUUUCACCCCACAUACAAGUGAGCUCUACGCCAUUUGGGGACGCAAUAAUACAGAUGGAAAUGAUCCGAAGUGUUUCAAGAUCGACUCAGCGAAUGGUGGCUGUGCUUCGGCAAUUUCAAUCGUACAAUCGUACUGGAUAUCUUUCGUCAGGACACUUGAUCCUAACACGUUUCGACUUGCGGGCACGCCAACUUGGGAAGCGUGGACAAUCGAAUCUCCUAGAAGGAUUGUGUUUAAUAAUGCAAAUGCAAGCAUCGAGACAAUGGGCGCCGGAGUAGGGGAGGUGGUGAUCGCGGGUAUGAAUCAGAGACAGAGGUGUAAUACUUUGACGCUGCCUCUUGCGAAAGUCGCCAAUGCUGGGUUGAAAGCAGGGGAGACUUUGCAACCGUUUGCUAAUGGUACGAGGGCAGACCCCACUCUGGGGGACGCUUCUUUGAAUGUCACAGCAGCUUCGUCAAAGAUGAGCAACUUGACUGGCACCGCAUCAUCACCAAAAUUUACCGGUGCUGCCUCGUCGAGCGGCUUAUGGAUGAACGAGUUUUUGGCUUUGAGCAUAGCUGCUAUUGUGAGCGCUUUGCUGCUGAUGUAAAGAGUAUUCUUAGUAGUUAGAUAGUAGAAUGAACUGUGAACAGG